UCUUACUUAUUUUAUCUAUUUAUUCAACACACUCAACAUCUCUUUCUUAAACUGCGUACCGAAAAGUUUCGCCUCAACUAUGAUGAAACGGAGGGAGUACUUGUUUUCAGCAUUAAAUGGGACAGGAGUAGUUUUUUAGUCAGUUUAUGUCCUAACAUUUCUUGUAUAUGCUCCUAAGAAGGAGAAAGGAAGAAUCAUGGCUCUUCUCUUUGUAAUUCUUGCUAUAUUUUCCACUGUUGCUUUGGUCUCUAUUUUUGCCCUCAAACAGGAGAAGAAAAGGCAGUUUAUUUGUGGUUUAGCUGCCACUAUUUUCUCCAUCAUAAUGUAUGCUUCUCCUCUCUCAAUCAUGAUUUCUAAUGGAUUUGGGUGUUUUUUGGGAGCAAUGCAAUUGACUUUGUAUGCCAUCUACCGCAAGAGCAAAGAUGAAGCCAAGAAGCCCACAAUCGAUGGGAAUUUAGAAAUGGGCCUUGCAAAUUCUCACCAGCCCAAGCAGCCAGCCUUAACAUUUCAUUAAAAAGAAAAAAAACAGGGGAUGAGAAAAAGAAAAAUCCCCACUUAUUAUCUUAGAAAUUAUAGGAUGUUUAAUUAGUAUGAGUUUCUCAUUGGUAGUAAUGAAUGUAACAGUUUCAUACCAAUUUGAGUUAACAAGUGUACUC